AUGGAACGUUCCGCUUGGCCCAAGAACCUCUCCUCAAGCCGCAAGCGCGCGAUCACGGAGCUCCUCCACGACCAGAAUCCCACGAAGAAGCUCGGACAUCUCUUCGACGCUCACUCUCGCACUGGCAAUGACACCCGGCAGCCCUUGUUUGCGGAACAUCUGGUCGUCGUCAACGCCCUCGGGUCGUUCAGCAACGCCCUAUCCCUAUCGAGCGGCGCCCAGUCCGAUGAGGUCGUGCAGGUCCUGAGCAACGCCUGUGUCAGGUCCGAGCUGUGUUUGGGGGGCACUUGCAAGAAGUACUUCAGGUGCGCUCACCAGAUGGAUCAGGGAUGUCAAGCAGCCAAGUGGGUCGAUAGGACAUUGUAUGACCCACGAUUUUUCCGGAUCGCAUGCCAAGACCGCCACACUUGCAAGAAACUCAUCCUCAAAUCCCCCCCACUCAUCGUGGACUCACCAAGCGCUAGGGACGACUCCAUCCCCCUAAGUUUCAACACUAGCCUCUUUGCCGAACAAGACGACGAGAACAACCCCAUCUUCUUCGACUUUCUAUCGGUGAAUCAGGAGCAAAAGUUGCCUGGUGAUGAUGUUGUGAACCCACCCCCCGGCCACAGCCAUGACAGACAAUAG